AUGGAUUUUGACAUUGGGGGAGACCACUUCGACACAGUGGGAGAGGAAUCAUCAAGUGCAGAGGAAUGGUACAAGGGCGCAGGGACUUGUUACUCUCGGGACGGCACAACCUUCUUGGACCUAUUCAACGCUGAUGAGUAUGUGGACUGCAGGAAAGAUAAUCUUUUUUAUCCUUUUGCAUUGAGGAAUGAGUGGGAAGUUGCCGAUUUUCUUCUUCAGUCCUCCCUCAGUAUGGCGGCAAUCAAUGAAUUUUUGGCACUCUUGAUGAUUCGCGAACUAAAACUAUCUUUCAACAACGCUAAAGAAUUACGAAGCCGUGCCGAGAUGCUCCCCAAGGGACCGAGCUGGAAAUGUCAACCCAUUACCUCGCCCCAUAGCACGAAACACCCGAUCCGACUAUUCUGGAGGGAUCCUGUUGAAUGCUUAGAGAGUCUGUUCAGCAACCCCCUCUUCCAUGACAAGCUCGACUUUGUCCCUCAUCGCGUGUACACUACUGCAGCGCGGGUUCUGCGCGUAUAUUCGGAGUGGCUGACGGGUGAUUUUGCUUGGGAUAUCCAGAACCAACUACCUAGAGGCGCUACAAUCCUUGGGACUGUACUAUCUUCCGACAAAACAAACAUCACCACUAUGACUGGUGCCAGGGUCGCUCAUCCACUUCUUCUAGGCCUUGCGAAUAUCCGCAUGCGCACUCACACCAAACUCUCGUCUAGGGCAUUCCUACUUACAGCUCUCCUCCCUAUCCCACAGUAUUUGCACCCCAAUCAACGGAUGUGGGGCGUGCUUGAAGAUCGCCUCAUACACGAGUGUCUUGUCAUUGUCUUGAAACCAUUGAUGAUAGCAGCCGAGAUCAGGAUCAUGAUGUCAGAUCCGGUGAGCAACGUUCGUCAUUGUUAUAUGCCUCUUGCAGCCUACAUUGUCGACACCCCCGAGGCAUGUAUGCUUGCGUGUGUGCAUGGCAAAACUUCCCCAUUCACCAUGGCGUCAUAUCUUGAGUUUGGGGAUGAUUUUCGUCAUCCUGAACGCACGCGCUCCGUCACACUUGAACAGCUUGCGAACAUCAAGGCCGACCCCAAUAACCUCGAAGCUUUUUUUGAAGUGUGUGCUGAAUACCAGCUAAACGGUGUUCACGCACCUUUCUGGAUGUACUGGCCGUAUGCUGAUCCCUCAGUCUUUCUGACACCGGAAUCUCUGCACCACUGGCAUAAGGAAUUUUGGGAUCAUGACCUUCACUGGUGUCUUGUAGCUGUUGGAGCACUGGAACUUGAUUUUAGAUUCUCGAUUUUGCAGCCAAUCACAGGCUACCGCCACUUCUCUUGUGGAAUCUCAAAGCUCAAGCAAGUCACAGGGAGAGUUCACCGUGAUGUUCAGCGCUACAUCAUUGGUUUGAUCGCUGGUACAGCCCCUCGUCGUUUUGUAACCGCGAUCUGUGCCCUUAUGGAUGUCCGAUACAUGGCGCAAUCCCCUUCCCCUGAUGAUAAUUUAUUGACAUCUAUCGACCAAUCGCUCUUGAUAUUUCAUCAAAACAAAGAUGUCAUCAUGUCAUUGGGUGCACGGAUGGGUACUAAGAAACCAAUCGACAAUUGGUUCAUACCUAAGCUGGAGCUGAUGCAGAGCAUUACUGCUAGUACGCGUAAAGUCGGUGCUCUCAUCCAAUGGUCUGCGGAUGCCACCGAACACGCUCACAUAUCCGAAAUCAAGGACCCCACGUGA